UAGUUGAGAAUGUUCAGCUGAGACGGACAACAUGGCUCCGAAGAAGAAGGGCCUGUUACUUGGACAUUUGGAAUUCCCACCGUAUGCCGUCAAUGCGGUUGGUGAUCGGCAUUUUAUUGUAGCAGGAGGGGGAGGGACAGCCAAAACCGGGGUUCCAAAUGCAUUUGAGAUCUUCCAAUUGAGAUGUGACAGAGCAGAUGUAGAGGCUAGAAGCGUGCUGAAAUUUUCAGAUCUGGAAUGUGCUAUUAUGAACACUGCUGUUCAUGAGAAUGAAAAAGGAUUUAUGCUAGCUGCUGGCAUGGAAGAAAACUGUCGCUUUUACAACUUAAAGCAUAAAGUGAUUACUUUGGAAGACACUGAAGAUAAACAUAAAGAAGACACUAAAGACAGUGCUGUCAGGCAAAGAAAAGGAAAACAGUCGCAGCCAGAUUCCAAGAGCAAGGAAGUUGAAAAAUUGGUGUCCUUUCAAGUUGACCCUUUUAAAACAAUUCAAACAGACUUUCAUGGUGAUGGUGGUUUUCAAAAAGUGGUUCAGAUCAGUUUAGAUGGAAAAAUCCUUGCAACAGGAGGAGCAGAUGGAUUUUUAAGGAUAUGGAAACUCCCAGAACUGAAAAGACUCCAGGAAAUUGAAGCACAUGAAGGAGAGAUUGAAGAUCUAUCUAUUAGUCCAGAUGGAAAUCAGAUUGUCACAGUGUCUCAUGACAAACAUUCCAGUGUGUGGAAUACCAAGGAUGGAAGCAAACACCAGGAACUCAACUGGAAAGGGAAAUCUAACUCUGCAUACAGAUUUAGAUCAUGCAGAUAUGGUGUAACUAAAGGCCCAAAGCCUGAGGUCACUUUGUACACAACACACAUUCCAGUAACAAGAGCAGGGAAGCAUCCACUGCCCUGCUAUAUCACACUAUGGGACAGUGCAAAAUUAGUAGCAAAGAAAAGUGCAAAUGUUGGCGGAGAAGUUGUGUCAGCUUUUGAAGUUAGUGAUGAUGGUCUGUAUCUUGGACUUGGAACAAUAAAUGGCAGUAUAGCUAUUUAUAUAGCUUUUAGUUUACAGUGUUUACACCAAGUAAGAGAAGCCCAUAGUAUAUUCAUAACAGGGAUUGAGUUCCUUCCCAGCACUUCCACAGCACAGGCAAUAACAUUUGGACAUGAUGUCAGUCUUCUAAGUGUAUCUGUAGAUAAACAGAUUAAGAUUCAUCAGGUGCCAACAAGAGGUAGUAUCAGUGCUGUGUGGGUGCUCUUAGGGGCCUUCAUCAUCAUGUGUGCUAUAUUUUGGUUCCUGGCAACUAUUGGUUUAUGAUGAAAUCCACAGAUACUUCAAUGGGAUAUUUGAUGAAACAUACGAUACUCAAAGAUUUGUAGCUGAGUGAGAAUUGUAUUGCUACAAAUAUUAGGUUUGACAUGGAACUGUGAAUACUGGGGAAAAUGUUUGCCUGAAACUCAUACCCAUGCAAACUUGUCAUGAGACUUGUUUCCAGAUCUUCUUUAUUAUGAAUUAUUUUAAAACUUUUUGUGUCUUUUAUAAAAUGUUAGAUUUUUCUGGUUUUGAUGGUAGU